CAUGUGAUGUUGUAACCCAGAAAUCAGAUUGUAAUCGAAGAAUGAACUACAUACAUUUUUAAAGUAGGUUGAAAUUAACCGAAACAAAUGAUUUCAGGAAUCAUGUUAAGUCUUUGACACCUCCGGGAUUUUUUUCAAAAUUUACAUUAUACAGUUUUUGGAAUUUCUUUCACGAACUGUAUCAGUUCGGAGAAGUAUUACAAUGCUCACGAAAAUAACAAGAAUGUUCCUCGAGAUGGCUAAAAUCAUAGUAGUUAUUCAGAGCAUGGAUUUCAUUUUAAGAGUAGCAAGUGAUGAUACCGUCCACAAAUUCGUUACAUUUAAUACUGCACUAAUUCAGCAAUUACCAUUGAUUGACCAGCGCAGAGAUGCCCUUUCCCAACAACUUUCCAAGAUAGAUGCUGAUGUUGUCUGUUUGCAAGAGGUUUUGCUGGGUAGUGACGUAGAGAAGAUUGUGAAUGACUUAAAGACUGUAUACCCACACUCUUAUAGUAAACUUCACGGUCAGGAUGGACAGAUUACUACAUAUAGUAUAGCACAACCGCCAUGCUAUGGAAUCCCUAGUGUUGUUAGAAUAGUAUGCAUUAUUAUAAGAUGCAAUAUACGAGGUCAAUUAGAGGAUAUAGUUACCUGUGCCGACCAGACAUGCAAUGUAUUUCCAACCGUAAGCCAGGAAUGUAUAUCUUGCCUAGGUCAUGCAUUUCCAAAUUUCGGAAGAAUAUUUAGCGCGUGUUUUCGGUUUUCUACAACUUUUUUCAAUCCUCAAGGUCUAAUUUUGCUGAGUAAGAAACCAAUGCGAAACACAAUCCAUCGACAUUUCCAACCAAAUAGAAAACAAAUAUUUUCGAGAGCGAUGAUUUCAGCCGAUAUUGAUACCGUUGGCUCAGUUAUAUGUACACAUCUGACACAUGACCAAUCUACAACUUAUUUUGAACCGAUUACCAAAGAUACAUUUUCCAGCUGGGCUGAAGAAAACGCAUCAGAAGUACAAUAUAUCAUAGACUCUAACAAGAGCAAAUCAAGAUUCAUAGUUAUGGGGGACUUGAAUAAUGGACCAGCUAUUCCUGAUAAAAACAUAGCAGCCCAUUUUGAAGGGUCGUACAAUAGAUUGAUAGGAUCUGGUAUGCAGUCGCCUUAUGUGGAUAUAACAGGAAAACCAACGUUUGCUGGUUCCAGUGCAAUUAUUGAUCAUGUCAUGCACAAAGGUUAUACAGCAGUUAACUCGAGGAGAAUACUUGAUAAUGACAAACUCGUGAAUGGAGACCGAUUGUCGGAUCAUUAUGGUGUUGAAGUAUGGUUGAAAUGAAUACGCAACACUACGUUAACAGCUGAUAGAAUAAACACAUUCUUCCCAAGUCUUUUGUAUAUCAAUGAUCUUUUUCAAACUGAUCUAGUAUGUGAUAAUAUUGGACCAAAACACGCAUUCCUAACAGGACAACUUACAAAUAUCAUGUUCAGGCGACAUUUAAGAUAAGUUCAGUGAUUAAUAACUACAUACAAUUUUGCUAUAUUUUUUUAUUAAAGGUU